AUGAACCCGCAGCACAUGCAAGCCUCGACGGAGUCUUGGGAUUCGGAUACGAACUCUUUUGCUACAACAUCUCCACCCACGCAAGGACAUUAUCCGCGGGCUUCUUCCUACUUCUCGCAAGCUACCCCUGAGAGAGAUGGUCUCUCAGCAGCUCUAAGAAGAGACGCUGCUUCAACGGGAAUGACGGUGUCAUCCUCCUCGAAAGAACUUGUCUCCAAGACAAACUAUACGUCAAGCGCUGAUUACGAUUAUGAUGAUAAAAGUCAGGCAGCAAGCCGAUCUCUCAUAACGCGGCCAAGCACUUCCUACACCACCCGCACCUCGCAAACACCUUUCCUCCCCCAUAGUGAGAAACACACCGUCGUGUGCGCGCUAAACGAGGGUCGUGGAAUAACCCCUGCCGUCGGUGUUGCAUUCUUCAACGUCGACACUGGCGAGGCCAUUCUCAGCCAAAUCUCAGAUAGCAGGUUCUUCGUUCGAACUCUGCAUAAACUUCAGAUCACGGAACCGUCACAUCUCCUGAUCGUUAGUUCAUGCUGCCCACCAAAUCCGAAAUCUAGGCUCUACAGUCAUAUCGAGGAACACAUGCCAGAUACCAGGAUUAUUCCUUUCGACCGAAAGCAUUGGUCGGAAGUGGGAGGACUCGAGUACAUCCAGACCCUCGCCUUCCGAGAGGAUGCAGAAGCCGUCAAAGUAGCGAUUGGCGGCAGCUUUUUCGCAACCUGUUCUUUCUCUGCAGCCAUCAAAUUUGUAGAACUUGAGUUCUCUUUGAGCAUUAUACCCCAUUCUUUGCGCAUACGAUAUCAGCCCUCUGAGGAUACCAUGAUGAUCGACGUGUCCGCCAUCAUAUCCCUUGAAAUCCUGCAGAACCUUCGCGAUUCGAAAUCCAAGGAUAGCCUUUUUGGUAUCCUCAAGCAGACUAGAACGCCAAUGGGCAGUCGAGUGCUUCGGAGCAAUCUUCUCCAGCCAUCAACUCUCAAAGACUCAUAUCUUGAGCCACGCUAUGAUGCUUUGGAGGAGCUCCUUGAUAACCAUGAAAUGUUUCUUGAAAUUCGAGAAGCGCUAAAAUCUGUCCUCGACAUCGAACGUGUAUUAACACAGCUCGUCAUUAUACCAAACAAGCCAUCGGUGGAAGCAUCCGAGAGGGCAAUGAAUCAUAUCCUGAUGGUUAAAACGUUUCUAGACGCCGUUCCUACAAUCUACCAAGCACUGAGGCCUGCUACAAGCCCCCUCCUGAUCAAGAUACGAGACCUUUGUCAGCCUGAACUUACAGAAACUGUCAGAAACCUCAUCUAUAAGAGCAUCAUCGAAGACGUCACAUACGUAAAGUCGGCCCUAGACCUCCGAAACCAGAGAACCUUUGCAGUAAAGUCCGGAGUCAAUGGUCUUCUCGAUGUCGCCCGACAAGCAUACAAAGAAAACACCAACGAUGUACACAUUCAUGUUGAGGAGCUGAAUAAUGAAUACAACAUUGAAGCCGACCUCCGGUAUGACACAGGCCGCAAGUAUUGGGUUAGGCUACGAGCGGUUGACUUCGAGGAACGCCCGAUCCCGCCCGUCCUGGUCAACCAGACUCGAAAGGGACCUUACAUUGAAUGUCUGACCGUCCGACUCAAGAAGCUCAAUCAGAGAAUUGCUGAUUCCGUCGCUGAAGUUGUCAUGUUAAGCGACAAAGUGAUCCAAGAUCUUAUAGACAGUAUCCGAACCCAGCUGCAGCCACUUUACCGCGUCUGUGACAGCAUCGCUCUACUCGACAUGCUCGCAUCGUUCGCGCAAUCAAGCUCCACUAACGACUGGAGGAGACCCGAGAUAUCGGACACUCUAGCAAUGAAGGCGGCCAGACACCCAAUCCUGGAUAAGAGCUUGAGAGACCAUUUUGUUCCUAAUGACUAUUACGCCACCGAUGAGUAUCGCUUCCACGUCGUCACCGGAUGCAACAUGAGCGGCAAGACCACGUACAUCAGGAGCAUCGCUUUGCUGCAGAUAAUGGCACAAAUUGGGUGCUUUGUGCCUGCCGAAUAUGCCAGCUUUGCUAUUGUUCGCAACAUCUUUGCGCGCGUGACUACGGACGACAAGAUUGAGUUCAACAUGUCAAGGUUUUCUCUGGAAAUGCGAGAGAUGGCAUUCAUUCUCAGUAACGUCACCGACAGAAGCAUUGUCAUCAUCGAUGAACUUGGUCGAGCCACGAGCACCCGGGAUGGACUUGCCAUCGCGCUAGCCAUGGCCGAGGCACUUAUUCAAAGUCAUGCAGUCGUUUGGUUCGCAACCCAUUUCACAGAGCUUGCCGAUGUUCUCGCCAACCACCCCGGAGUGCUGAACCUUCACCUCGCUACGCAGAUCUCAACGACAGCUGAUAACGUGCCAAAGAUGACGAUGCUUUAUAAAGUGGAAUCUGGAAAGACUAACGACUCAAUGUAUGGGAUCACGCUUGCGAAAGCCAUGCCGUUUCCAAAACGGUUUCUCGAGGUGGCGGAGCAAGUCGCCGUCUCGUUACGACAGCGAAGAGAGAAAAAGAAGCUGGGGUCCGAGACGAGAAAGAUAUUGAACCGACGGAAGCUUAUCCUCAAUCUACAUGACCACCUGAAGCAGGUCAGUAAUUCAGAGUUAGACGAGCCUGCCAUGAAGAGCUAUCUUAUUCGUCUGCGAGAGGAGUUCAUAUUGCGCAUGGACGCGAUCGAGAACGAGGCUGGUGAGAACAGAGUGGAUAGCAGCGAAUGGAAAGCGAAUGGCAGCGAAACUAUAGACGGAAGCGAGGUGGGACGGAGUGGGGAAGACGGCUCAUUCGAUGAUGAAGACGUCUUCGACGCCGUUGAUAUGGAUAUUCUUUGA